GGGGGAAGAGAGAGAGAGAGAGUGAGAGUGAACGAGAGCAAGAGAGAGCGAGCGAGAAUCUGAAGUAGAUCCGUCUUGACCAUCUCGGGUGUCGUCAUAUUUUUUUUUUCCUCCCCCAAAAUACCCAACGAUAUUUUUCUCUCUCCCGCCCCCCCCUCCGCCGUUUCCUUCCCCUCAGGCGUGAAAGAAAUCGGCGAAUGUAGCGGUCAGAGGAGUUCCCCCCUCGGUUGCCGCCGUUCGAGCCUACAUGUUCUCUGCGAGGCUGAAGAGGGACGGACCUGCCCGAGCCGGAUUGUUGUUGUUGUUAUUCGCUGGUUUACACAGUUUCUGCGGAGCAGCCGCGAGAGCAGCGCGAGGGGAAGCCGCGAGAGCAACGCGAGGCCGGACUUCCAACAAUCUUUUUUUCUCCCAGUUUUUAAUACCCCACAGCCAGAGUGUUAAGGAGAUGUGAAGUUCGGUCAGACGGUGGCGACACUGAGCAACCUGUGCAUCGACACAAUCCCCGCCCCCACCUUCAGCAUGAAUGGGGAUAUGCCUCAUGUUCCGAUCACCACUCUCGCUGGGAUUGCUAGCCUCACUGACUUGUUGAACCAGCUGCCUUUGCCCUCUCCCCUUCCUGCCACCACCACUAAGAGCCUGCUGUACAAUGGGAGGAUCGCGGAGGACGUCACCUGCCUGCUGGGCUGCAGGGACGAGAACCUGGUGGCCCAGCUGGCCCAGAGCCUCAGCCAGGUCUCCACAGAGCACAUAGAACUGAAGGACAACUUGGGCAGCGAUGACCCAGAGGGUGACGUCCCAGUGCUGCUGCAGAUUGUGCUGUCCAGGCACCCCAACAUCUUCAGAGAGAAGAGUAUCAUGCAGCAGCCAAUGAUGCCGCAGUACAAAAUCACCCAGAAUUCCAUGCAUGGCAGCCCAGCGUCAACAAACUACCAGCAAGCUUCCAUUUCACAUAGCCCUUCCAGUCGCUUCGUCCCGCCGCAGACAAACUCCGGCAGCCGCUUCCUGCCGCAGCAGAACAGUCCGGUGCCCAGUCCCUACGCCCCCCAGAGCCCCGCAGGCUAUGUGCCGUACCCGCACCCGCCUAGCUACACGCAGCACCAGCAGAUCCAGCAAGAGCUGCACGGCUCCCCUCUGGUCUCGGCCCCUGCUUACUCAGGAAGCCCCCAGCGGCCGGUUCAGCCGUGCCUGGGUGGGCAGCCUCACCCCUCCCCCCAGCAGAACCCCUCCACCCCGACGUUAGUGUCGGUUGCCAGUCCAAUGGUGCCUGGGGGCCUGAGGAAUAUCCAUGAGGCCAAGGCGCCUGGGCCAAUGGCGAGCAGUGCCGCCAACCACCACGCGGACCGCCACGGCGCCAGUGAAGACUACAUGAACAUCGUCCACCGGGCGCUCGGCAGCGAGGAUGACCCUUCCAUACGAAACGCAUCCUUCCCCCUGAGGUCCCCCCAGUCUGUGUGUUCCCCUGCAGGCAGUGAUGGAACCCCCAAAGCUGCGUCCCGCCCUCCGCUCAUCCUGCAGUCUCCGCCCCCCUACACCUCGCCCCACCACGGCCCCCCGGACCUCCUGGACUCCCCGGACCACAAGAAAAAGCAGAAGAAACUGAAGACGAGCAGGGACGAAAAGGAGCAGGCUGACAAGGCGGCCAUGUACGACAUCGUCAGCUCGCCCUCCAAGGAUUCCAGCAAGCUGACUCUGCGUCUGUCCCGUGUUCGUUCGUCCGAGCUGGACCAGGCAGGUGAGCCGCUGUCGGCCGUGGAGCCUGGCUCCGACCUGGAGGGCGACGUCACCCUCAACAGCCUUCCGUGCGGAGCGGCGCAGCCCCUGCGGACGCCCCAGGAGUCCGGCGGGCCCCCGGCCCUGGCUCAGCAAGUGCCCGUGCUGCAGAACGUGGCGGCCCUCUCCUCCAAACAGCCUGCGCCCGGCAGCAGCACGCCCUACGAUGAAGUAGAGAUGGAUGCGCUGGCCGAGAUCGAGAGGAUAGAGCGCGAGUCGGCCAAUGAGCGGGAACGCUGCUCCAAGGAAGUACAGGACAAAGAUAAGCCACUGAAGAAGCGGAAGCAGGACUCGUUCCCACAGGAGCCUGGAGCUGGGGGCACAGCAGGGGCUACUGCAGCACCAGGUGGGGGCGGAGGGGGCAGUGCUGGGAACAAGCCGGCCCCUCAGGAGGCCAGCUCAGCAGGGAACGGGGCCAGCCGGCCGGCCCUGCUGGUGAGCAUCGACCUGCAGCAGGCAGGCCGUGCUGAUGGCCAGCCAGAUCCCCUGUGUGUCGCCGCACCCAUGCCGGCACUCGAGGCCCAGCGGUGGCCCGAGGAGCCACGGGAAGGGCCCGCCGAUGGUGCUGGGGCGGCCCGACUCGGCACGGAGCACAGCGGUGCCAGGCAGAGGCCGGAUGGGCAAACUGAUCGGAGGCCUGAGGUCAUAAAGCAGCGGGUGGAGCCACCACGACACAAGGCCUCAGACGGUAGGCCGGACGCCGGCAAGCACAAACACGACUACCGGCGAGACUCCGCGGGCAAGCCCCUUACUGGGGACAAACGACCGGAGACCUCCAAGCACCGGCGCGACAGCACGGCGGACGCAGCAAAAUCUCGCUCAGAACCAAGGACCCCGGAUGCUCGGCAAAGGCAUCGGCCGGAUGGGCGGCCAUCUUCGUCCUCAGAGGCUCACUGGCGGGAGGGCCAUGAGGGCCACAAGGGUAACGGGAGCCGGGACUCGACCAGAAUUCCGCGUCCUGAAACGCCCAAAUCCGGCAGCAGGGGAGAGCAUGACUCCAGACACGGGAAAGACCGGGAUCGAGAUCGGAAGUCAAGGACCGAUGCUGGCAACGCAGUCAGGGAGCGCCGUUCUCCAGAAGACCGCCCUCGACCUGACAGAGGUGCAGUCGACCAUGGUGGGCGUUCGCGGGGCGACCGGCCCGGCUUCAAGCCUCUCAGUGGGGAUGGGAGCAGGAGCUGCCCAGACAGUCAGGCCAAGUCCGGGGAGUUCCCCUCCUAUCUGCUCGGGGGAAAAUCGGAGGCACUGAGGAACUUUGUCAUCCCCAAGAUCAAGCGGGACAAGGAGGCUGCCGUGCCAGCGGGUGCCAGCGGGCUCCCCGAGGGCUGGAUUCAGCCGCAGGUGAGGCUGGAGCGUAUGGACCUGAUGGAGAUGGAGGAGCUCCACAAAGUACCCAAGCCUGUUGUGGUGCUGCAGAAGCUUACCUUGGACGAGGUGCAGAGGUUCCUCCGGGAGAAGGAGGACCGUAAUGCACGGAGCUCCAAGUCCAGCAAGAACAGGCUGUCCUCAGGGAAAUCGGGGAAAGGUGGGAUGGACCAGUCCGUGUUGAAGGAGCUGCCCCCGGAGCUGCUGGCGGAGAUCGAGUCCACCAUGCCACUGUGUGAGCGGGUCAAGAUGAGCAAGCGGAAACGCAGCACGGCCAAGUACGCGGAGGUCAGCUCUGAGGAAGAGGACAACCACGAAGACAUUGAGGCUGGAGGUGACUCUGCCCGGAAAAGACAACGGCGGGACCGAGACAAGACAUGGGAGAGCGAGGAACGCGAGAGAAGGGGCUCCGGGGAACACCGCCGCAGUGGGUGGGGUCACGAUGGGCGCAGGGGCUCCGGCAGCCGGUACAGGGAGGAUUCGGAAGAGGAGUCUCCGCCACCCAGCCUUAGUGAAUUGGCCCGGAAGAUGAAGAAAAAAGAGAAGCAGAAGAAGAGGAAAGCCUACGAGCCCAAGCUUACCCAAGAAGAGAUGAUGGACUCAUCGACCUUCAAACGCUUCUCAGCCAGCGUGGACAAUAUCCUGGAGAACUUAGAAGACAUAGACUUCACCGCACUUGCGGACGACGAGGAGAUCCCUCAGGAGCUGCUGCUGGGGAAGCACCAGCUGGCUGAGCUGGGCAGUGAGUCGGCCAAGAUCAAGGCCAUGAGCAUCGCAAGCAGGAUUCCCACUGACAAGUUGGUGAAGGUGCUGAACAUCCUGGAGAAGAACAUUCAGGAUGGGGCUAAGCUGUCAACUCUGAUGAGCCAUGACAAUGACACGGAAGAUGAGGAGCGGCUGUGGCGUGACCUCAUCAUGGAGCGUGUGACCAAGUCGGCCGACGCCUGCCUGACCGCCCUGAAUAUCAUGACCUCCAGCGGCAUGCCCAAGGCAGUCUACAUUGAGGAUGUCAUUGAGCGCGUGCUGCAGUUUACCAAGUUCCACCUCCAGAACACCCUCUACCCGCAGUAUGACCCAGUGUACCGCAUGGACCCGCACGGAGGGGGCAUGCUGAGCUCCAAGGCCAAACGGGCAAAGUGCUCCACGCACAAGCAGAGAGUCAUCGUCAUGCUGUACAACAAGGUGUGCGACAUUGUCAGCAACAUCUCCGAGCUGCUGGAGAUCCAGCUGCUGACGGACACGACCAUCCUGCAGGUCUCUUCCAUGGGCAUCACACCCUUCUUUGUGGAGAAUGUCAGUGAGCUGCAGCUGUGCGCAAUUAAACUAGUGACGGCGGUGUUCAAUCGCUACGAGAAGCACAGGCAGCUCAUCCUGGAGGAGAUCUUCACCUCCCUGGCCCGACUGCCCACCAGCAAGCGCAGUCUCAGGAACUUCAGGCUGAACAGCAGCGAUGUGGAUGGGGAGCCCUUGUACAUCCAGAUGGUGACGGCCCUGGUACUUCAGCUCAUCCAGUGUGUGGUCCACCUGCCAUGUGACAAGGAUGCAGAGGACGAGCGUGGCAGAAAGGUGGAUCAGGACGUCCUGAUCACAAACUCCUAUGAGACAGCCAUGAGGACGGCUCAGAACUUCCUUUCAGUCUUUCUCAAAAAGUGCGGCAGCAAGCAGGGUGAGGAGGACUACCGACCGUUGUUCGAGAACUUUGUACAGGACCUGCUGUCGACAGUUAACAAGCCAGAGUGGCCUGCUGCAGAACUUCUCCUGAGUCUGCUUGGCCGACUGCUGGUACAUCAGUUCAGCAACAAGCAGACUGAGAUGGCACUGAGAGUGGCCUCGCUGGAUUACCUGGGCACGGUGGCAGCUCGGCUACGUAAGGACGCUGUCACCAGCAAGAUGGACCAGCGAUCCAUCGAUCGCAUCCUGAAGGAGGCUUCAGGCAACGAUGAGACUCAGCAGCUGCAGAAGACCCUGCUGGACUACAUGGAGGACAACGCGGAGACAGACCCGUCGCUUGUGUUCGCACGGAAGUUCUACAUCGCUCAGUGGUUCCGGGACAGCACCACCGAGGCCGAGAGAGCCAUGAAAACGCAGAACCAGAAGGACGAGGACUCGUCAGAGGGGCCUCAUCACGCCAAGGACGUGGAGACCACGGGGGAGAUCAUGCAGAGAGCUGAGGCCCGCAAGAAAUUCUUGCGCUCUGUGAUCAAGACCACGCCCGCCCAGUUCAGCAUGCUGAAAAUGAACUCUGAUGCAGUGGACUAUGAAGAUGCCUCCCUGAUUGUCCGAUAUUUGGCCUCUAUGAGGCCGUUUGCACAAAGUUUUGAUAUUUAUUUAACGCAGAUCCUUCGUGUCCUGGGAGAGAGCGCCAUCGCCGUCAGAACCAAGGCCAUGAAGUGUCUGUCAGAGGUGGUGGCAGUGGACCCUAGCAUCCUGGCCAGGUUGGAUAUGCAGAGGGGCGUACAUGGUCGUCUGAUGGACAACUCCACCAGCGUGCGGGAGGCUGCCGUGGAGCUGGUGGGCCGCUUCGUGCUGAGCCGGCCACAGCUCACGGAGCAGUACUACGACAUGCUCAUCGAGAGGAUCCUGGACACAGGCAUCAGUGUGAGGAAGAGGGUGAUCAAGAUUCUGAGGGACAUCUGUCUGGAGCAGCCUGGCUUCCACAAGAUCACGGAGAUGUGCGUCAAGAUGAUCCGCAGGGUCAACGAUGAAGAGGGCAUUAAGAAACUGGUGAACGAGACGUUCCAGAAGCUGUGGUUCACGCCAACCCCCAGCCACGACAAGGAGGCCAUGACCAGGAAGAUCCUCAACAUCACUGAUGUUGUUGCUGCUUGCAGAGAUACUGGUUAUGACUGGUUUGAACAGCUUCUUCAGAAUCUGCUGAAGUCAGAAGAGGAUGCAUCCUACAAGCCUGCCAAAAAGGCCUGUGCGCAGCUUGUGGACAGCCUGGUGGAGCACAUCCUCAAAUACGAGGAGUCGCUCUCAGCCUCGGAGCACAAGAGCGUCAACUCAAUGAGGUUGGUCUCCUGCAUCACCACACUGUACCUGUUCAGCAAGAUCCGCGCCCAGCUGAUGGUGAAACACGCCAUGACCAUGCAGCCCUACCUCACCACCAAGUGCAACUCCCAGAGUGACUUCAUGGUGAUAUGUAAUGUGGCUAAGAUCUUGGAGCUGGUGGUACCACUGAUGGAGCACCCAAGCGAAACAUUUCUGACCACCAUUGAGGAGGACCUCAUGAAGCUCAUCAUCAAGUACGGCAUGACGGUUGUCCAGCACUGUGUGAGCUGUAUCGGGGCGGUGGUCAACAAGGUCACUCACAACUACAAGUUUGUGUGGGCCUGCUUCAAUAGAUAUUACGGUGCUCUGACCAAGCUGAAGGGUCAGCACCAGGAGGACCCCAACAGCACGGUGCUGGCCGCCACCAAACCAGCUCUGCUGCGCUCCCUCUUCACCGUGGGGGCUCUGUGCCGGCACUUCGACUUCGACCUCGAGGAGUUCAAGGGGAACAGCAAGGUGGUCAUCAAGGACAAGGUGCUGGAGCUGCUUCUGUACUUCACCAGACACGAGGAUGAAGAGGUGCAGACCAAGGCCAUCAUCGGCAUGGGCUUCCUGUUCAUCCAGCACCCGGCCCUGAUGUUCUCUCAGGACGUGAAGAAUCUUUACAAUGACAUUCUGUCGGACAGGCGGAGCUCCGUCAACCUUAAAAUCCAGGUGCUGAAGAACCUGCAGACAUACCUGCAAGAAGAAGACUCACGGAUGCAGGAAGCCGACCGCGAGUGGAAGAAGCUAUCCAAGCAGGAGGACCUGAAGGAGAUGGGGGACAUCUCAUCGGGCAUGAGUAGCUCCAUCAUGCAGCUGUACCUGAAGCAGGUGCUGGAGGCCUUCUUCCACACGCAGUCCAGUGUGCGCCAUUUCGCCCUCAACGUCAUCGCGCUCACGCUGAACCAGGGCCUCAUCCACCCAGUGCAGUGUGUACCAUACCUAAUCGCCAUGGGAACAGACCCAGAGCCGAGCAUGAGGAAUAAAUCUGACCAGCAGCUAGUGGAGAUAGACAAAAAAUACACGGGCUUCAUUCACAUGAAGGCAGUGGCAGGGAUGAAGAUGAGCUACCAGGUUCAGCGAGCUAUCUGGCCAGCCCAGAGCACCAUCAUCCGUGGCUUCCGGCCGGACGAGAUACACUCGGCGCUGUGCUCGCAUCUCUACAGCAUGGUGCGGGGGAACCGGCAGCACCGGCGCGCCUUCCUCAUCUCGCUGCUCAACCUGUUUGACGACAGCUCCAAGACGGAGGUAAACAUGCUGCUGUUCAUCGCCGACAACCUGGCCUGCUUCCCCUACCAGGCCCAGGAGGAGCCGCUCUUCAUCAUGCACCACAUCGACAUCACACUGUCUGUGUCUGGGAGCAACCUGCUGCAGUCCUUCAAGGAGUCCUUGCAGCCCACCAUUAAGGAGAAGGACCGGAAGAACGGCUCAGGGCAGAAGCUGCAGGAGAAAAGUGAGGAAGAAGCAGCAUCCAGCUCAGUCAUCAGUGGAGAUGAAGACAAUGAUGAUGACGACGACGAUGACGUGGUGGUACGGCGACCAAAGAAGCCGAAACGGGCAGCUGUGGACUCGGACUCCGACUCGGACAUGGACCUGUGCACUGAAGACGUGGGCUGGGUGAUGCAGCGCCUUUCGGGCAACCCCACGCCGCUGCUGGACUUCGCCAACGCCUCCCAGGGCAUCUUACUGCUGCUGGUGCUCAAGCAGCAUCUGAAGGCCCUCUACGGCUUCUCAGACAGUAAAAUACAGAAGUACUCGCCCACUGAGUCUGCCAAGGUGUAUGACAAAGCCGUCAACAGGAAGUCUAACGUACACUUCAGUCCUCGCCAAACCAUCGAGUUCCUGUCCAACAAUGUUGCCAAUGCCAUGCUGACCGAGGAAAUCAGGCGGAAGAUCAUCAAACAGUACCUGGAUUUCAAGUUAUUGAUGGAGCACUUGGACCCAGAUGAGGAGGAUGAGGAGGGGGAGGCUUCGGCCAGCACCAACGCUCGAAACAAAGCUAUCAACGCACUGCUGGGUGGCUCCAGCCCAAAGAACAGUGCUGCAGUCGACACGGAGGACGAUGAGAGCGAGGGCGAGGAAAGGACCCCUGGGUCGUCCCGGAAGUCAAAAAAGGGCGGGGAUUCAACGGAGGCCUCCGGUCACAUGAAUGAGACUGUGGAGGCUAUGGACGUCAUCGCCAUCUGCUGCCCCAAGUACAAAGACCGGCCGCAGAUCGCGCGGGUCAUCCAGAAGACCAGCAAUGGCUACAAUGUGCACUGGAUGGCCGGGUCUUACUCAGGCCCCUGGGCCGAGGCCAAGAAACGGGACGGACGCAAACUGGUGCCUUGGGUGGACACCAUCAAGGAGUCGGACAUCAUAUACAAGAAGAUUGUCUUGACGAGUGCGCACAAGCUGACUAACAAGGUUGUGCAGACUUUGCGCUCAUUGUAUGCAGCCAAGGACGGGACUUCUAGCUAAUGAACUCCAUUUGCCCGUCACUGUCAGUCCUCAACAGCCAAAUGACACUAGGAAUCCAACCUUUUUCUAAACCCACCACACAGACGCAAGAUUAUCAGACACUACAAGGCCUUGAAAUGCAACUUUCUGGCAAAAAAAAAGAGCAGGUUUGUGAAGUUGGUCUGUGAAGGUGUCCGUAGCCGUGUAACAGGACACAUCGCAGUGAAGCAGAAAGCUGAACCAAGACUAAAAUCCUGAAGGAAAUGUUUGGGAAACAUUGUGUGGGAGCCUCCUUCGCUGUUGUGCAGCAGAACCCCUGGUCUUUUGAUUUCUACUCCCACUGUAUCAUAGUUUAACACAAAAACUAAAAUGUUUAUAUCUCGGAAAAAGAUUUCUGUUUAAAAAAUAAUAAUAAACUUAAAGUGAAUGUUGGAACUUAGUCUGUUGAUGUUCUUAAUAAAAGUGGUCUUGGAGUUUAACCUAGCGCCGGACGGCUUUCUUUAGCUUAGCUUAUUUUCCUGGGAAAGCUGUUUUUAUUUUUUAUUUUUUCCUUUUGUUUGUCCAUGCUGUACAAUGGCAGAGUCUCCUGGAUAUAAUUUAUUCUGUUUUAAAGGAAGCAUGCAGUAUCUGUGGCCUACCUGCAGGGGGAGUUUUUGUAAAUGUAGAUUUUGAUGUAUUAGGUCACCCUAGUUAAUGAGGGAAAGGGAUCCCCAGCACUUCUGGUGGAACAAAUACUGCAAUAAAUUUUCUACUUCUCUUUGUUA